GCCCUGCUGCCCGAGCAGGAGGCGGCCCAGGUCGGCCGCUUUGAGCAAGCUGCAGUUCCGCAGCCGACCUCCGUGUCACCCCACCAGCAGUACGCGCGUGCGCGCCAGGACGCGCUUGUCAACCGCCAGCUGAUGGAGAAGCAGGCGAACUUGCUUGGCACAGCCAAAGCGAACCUGGAGAAGGCUCGCCAGCAGUACCACGAGGCGGUGGCGGCCUCGUACGACGUGGACGAGGCGGAGCACGAGGCCCUGCUGCGCUACAACAGGUCGGUGGGAGUCGCGGUCGCUGUAGAGGCGGGCGGGAAGAAGUUCGUCUUCGAGAUCGACCUCGAGGACCUGUCGCAGAACAUCGACGAUUACGAGGAGCAAGGCCAGCAGGCCAUCCGCGCGUUCAAGGCGGACGCGGAGAAGCUGGAGCAGGCGGCCGAGCGUGCAGAACAGCGCAGGGUCAACAUCCAGAAAAUGGCAGAGGCUCAGGAGGCGGCCGCCGACAAGGCCCAGCAGGCCAAGGAGGGGGCAGGGGAGGAGGAGGCCUGCGCGCUGGUGUUCGGCAGCGUCACGGAGUGGGGCAAGUCGACGCUCGGCUUCGCCAGGCAGUUGCCGCGCGAGGUGCAGGGCUUCCUCGCGGCCGAGACCCACGUGGUGGAGGCCGAGCUAGAGGCGGAGCGGCAGACGCUGCAGAAUGCCACCCCAGCCAUUCCGUCAAGGAGGGCGGAGAUUGGCAGCCGUGGGGGAGAGUGGAUCAUGAUGAGGUCCCACCUCGCGACGACGACGUUCGAGGGCAGGCGCGCUGCGGCCAGUGCUGCGGGCAAAGCGUCGCCGUUCGUCGGGUUCGCGCCGACGACGUUGCACCUGAAAUCAGGCAACGUCGUGGUGGUGAGCGCCUAUUUCUUCCCAGGUGUGCCGCUGGCGGCAGGGGGGAAUUCGCCGCUCCUCAGGUCGCUCGCGAUCUUCUUGCGCAGCAUCGCUGACGCCUGGAUGGUGUUGGCGGACUGGAGCGUGGUUCCCAGUGCGUUGGAGAAGACGACGUGGCCCGAGCUCGUGCGAGGCUCGGUGGUGAUCCCGCAGGGGUGCACGAUCACCUGCGACAGGGGCAAAGGCAGCAUGAUCGACGGCGGCGUGGUCUCCCUGGGCGCGGAACAUUGCUUUCGCUUGGAGGCGUGCCGCCAGUUUCCGUGGAAGACGCGCGUCGGGUUGAAGCCCGGCAUCUUGGGCGCGGCGCGCGCCUGGGACUACUUGCAGCUGGUCACGCCGCGCCCGUGGCCUGCGCGCCGCAGGCCCCCGAUCGCCCCAGGCCCGGGCAGCGAGAGGUCGAGGGUGAAGAAGGAGGAGGCCGCCGCCAUGCCGGGCGGGCGCUGGCGCGUCGCACGCAGCUCGGCGGCGCAGCAGCAGCAGGGGCAGGAGAUCAGCCAUGCCAUCGAGCAGAUGGCGCAGUCGGAGGAUGAUCUGCACCAGGGGGCGGCGGCGGAGGCAGCUUAUGCCAUCCCAGCUGGAUGCUGGCAUGCCGCUCAGCAGUUGGUGGCGCAGCAGCCGCUCCGCCUGGCGGCAGCUUCGCCUCAGGCAAGGGCGGCGCUCCGCACUGAUGGCGAGGAGUGCGAGGCCCUCUCUGAUUUGUAUGCGCGCUGGGUCAGCGCGCUGGGGGGGGGGGCCAGACUCAUGCGCGAGGGUUUACAGGGGAAGGCGGCAAAGGCCAUGCGAGGGGCUGGGAAGGGCCUCGAGUAUUUCGGAAAGCAGCGCGUGCCUGAAGAGGUUGCCGACUGGCGGCAGCUGUUGGCAGGGCUGGUGCACGCGGGGGAGGCGGAGCUGGAGCUGUUCAGCAUGCAGUCGUCGCGCUGGGCAGCGCGCGCAGCGGGGCGGGCUCAGGUCAAGGCGGGGCAGCAGCGCUCGCAGUGGGUCGGUGCCUCCUGGCGCUCCUCCUCGGGCCCGGUGCGCAGGCGCGCGAAAGGAGAGAGGCCAGCGCGGCUUGAGACCUUGCCGCCGGGCGGGGCCGUGGCGGGCCCCAUGGGGCAGAUGCAGCUUCGCGAGGGCCGCUGGUCGGCCGUCUGGACGUCGCGCAGCUUCGAUGAGACGAAGUUGCGUGAUUGGCCGGCUCCCCGACGAGGCGUGCAGCAGUGGGUGGAUUUGCUGCGCGAGGUUGAGGCGGCGGUGAUGUGGCCGCGCCAGGUCCUCACCACCAUCCUGUCGCUACUGCCAACAAGCCGAGGCUGCGACCGCGCCAUAGGUCUGUUGCCGCUGCUGGCGAAGUGCUGGUCAUGCACCCGCGCGACAGUCACCGACGAGUGGUCGGGCGCGCUAGAACAGCAUUGGGACAUGGCAAUCGGGGGCAGCAGUGCUCUGAGGGCCGCUCUCUGCCUGUCGGUCCUCGACGGGAGCGCGGUGGCCAUGGGUUUCUGCGCGAUCGCGGCGCUGGUGGACUUGGAGCGGUUCUUCGACAGCAUCGACCUUAUCGCUCUGCUGGAGGUCGCGGGGCAGGGGGCCUUUUCAGCGGUCGUCGUUUCGCUGGGGGCGCAGGCCUACUUGGCGCCGCGGCGGCUGAGGAGGCAUGGCUGGUGCUCUGGCCAGAUUUCGGCGGAGCGCUCGAUCGUCGCGGGCAGCAGCCGCGGAGUGACGGUCGGCAAGCUUUUCCUGUGCCCGUUCUUGCAGCGGGUGGGCGCAGGGUCGCCGUGCGUCGAGUUGCAGACGUUCGUGGAUGACGCAAUCCUGGGGGCCGAGGGCCUGGAGCGGGUCGCAGCGGACCAGAUGGUGGAUGCCCUUGGGCAGUUUGGCAUGUGCUGCAAUGCCGCGCAGCUCACCAUCUCUGAUGAGUCCGUCGUCGUUGCCUCGGACAUGGAUGCAGCCCAGCAGGUGGUUGCGGGCGCAGGCGAGCCUGGCCUCCCGCUCAAGGCAGUCGGAAAGGCGGUGGGCCUAGUGGUCAGCACCGCGGUGAGCAAGAGGCGGGGCCAGAGCCAGUUCCAGAAGCGCGCCAAGACCGCGGCGAGGAGGCUGCACCUCACACACCGUAUGCGGCGGAAGGCGCGGCUCGGGAAGUGCACCAGGAUGCCCCGCAAGACGGGGGUGCAGCCAGCGCUGAUCUACGGCCACCAGGUCUUCGGCGUGGCGCCGACGGCCUUGCUGAAGCUCCGGCGCCCAGCCAGCCGCGCGAUGGCGGGCAGAGGCUUCGGCAGGUGCCUGGCCACUACGCUGGCGCUCGCCCUGGGCGAG